AAAAACCCUUUUCAUUCUUUAAAAAAACUUUUCUUGAAACAUCAAAAUCCAAAAGACAUGAAGACUCAAAAAAAGAAUACCCAAAUGCAACUCAUAAAUCUUAUUUCUUUUUUCUUCUUAUUCUGUUGUGGUCUGGCCACAGGCAUAAUCCUCAGUUCAUAUCUCAAAAACAUAUCAUUCAAUUUACUCAUAACUCAGUUCUCUCUUUCUGCUACUACUGCUCCAGAAACACCACAAACACCUCCGCUGGACACGGCUGCAAAGCCACGUGUAGGGUUGAAGGAGUAUUUGAAGGUUUCUGAAAAUGCUAUGCAUGAUAUGGAAGAUGAGGAAUUACUGUGGAGAGCUUCAUUGAGUCCAAGAAUUAGUCAAUAUCCAUUUGAUAGAGUUCCUAAAGUUGCUUUCUUGUUCUUGACGAAAGGUCCAGUUUUAAUGGCUCCUUUGUGGGAGAAAUUCUUUAAAGGACAUGAAGGGUUGUAUACAAUUUAUGUGCAUUCAAAUCCUUCGUACAAUGAAUCAUUUCCUGAAAGUCCAGUUUUUCAUGGCAGAAGAAUUCCCAGUAAGGAUGUUAAAUGGGGAAACGUGAAUAUGAUAGAAGCAGAGAGACGUCUAUUAGCUAAUGCACUUCUUGAUAUAUCAAACCAACGUUUUGUUCUUCUUUCUGAGGCAUGCAUUCCUCUGUUUAACUUCUCCACUAUCUACUCCUACUUAAUAAACUCCACCAAAAAUUUUGUUGAGGCGUAUGACUUAGAAGGUCCGGUUGGCCGCGGCCGAUAUAAUCACCAAAUGAGCCCUCAAAUCACCAUUGAUCAAUGGCGUAAAGGCUCGCAAUGGUUCGAAAUGGACCGACAACUCGCCAUCGAAGUUGUAUCAGACCAAAAAUAUUUUCCUAUUUUCCAAAAGUACUGCAAAGGAAAUUGUUAUGCAGAUGAACAUUAUUUACCAACAUUUGUGAGCAUGAAACAUUGGCAGAGGAAUUCAAAUAGGAGUUUAACUUGGGUUGACUGGUCGCGAGGCGGUCCCCAUCCAACUCGGUUUAUAAGAACAGAGGUGACAGUUGAGUUCUUGGAGAAACUGAGGAGUGGGAGCAAAUGUUUGUAUAAUGGAAAAAGCAGCAGCAUUUGUUUCUUGUUUGCGAGGAAAUUCUUGCCUACUGCUUUGGAUAGGCUGUUGAGAUUUGCACCUAAAGCCAUGCAUUUCAAUAAAUAAAGAUUGGAAGAGAGAAAGAGGGAGACGGGGGAAGAUAGUGAAUUCUUUAUUCUUUAAAUUGUAAAAAAAAAAAAAAAAAA